AUGGCAGACGAGUUGGGGGAAGCGGCGAAAGCCGGUAACGUCCCAAAGGUGAAAGCGCUGCUGAAGAAAAGUGCGGACCUGGAAUCUGCCAAGGUUCAGAAUGCCUGCGUCAGCGCCGCUCUUGAAAAGCAGGCGGAGUGCGUGCAGGCCUUCCUAGAAGCUGGGGCUCCCCUGACGUGCUCCGACCGGGAAGGUCGACGCCUCCUACCUGCCUGCUGCCGGAGCAACUUGGCGGAAUCCAUCGCACUGAUGGUGUCCCUCCGGGCCGACGUGUCCAAGCCUGACGGUGACGGAUCACUGCCGAUGUCCUUGGCAAUCAAGAACAAGUCCAUGAGCUGUGUCAAGGAGCUGCUGCGCGGGGGCGCUCAGCCACCUGCCAACGCGGACUUGCCGGGCCUCGCUAACCUGAUGCUGGAGGUGCAGUUCGAGCAGUGCGAAGCUGAGAUUCGACCGCUGGCAAAUGAGGAGGUGGAUCCAGCACAGCUCAUCGAAGCUGAGCGGGUCGUCCUCGAAGGCAUGGAGGACCACAAGCGCUGGAUCAAGCGUCACGAGGACAUUCGGGCCUCGAAGAGCCUGUCGGCAGUCGAGAACCAGAUCGCGGACGCCCAGGCGCAGCUGGAUGCCACCAAGGCCUCCUCGGUCGAGUUCGUGGAAGCCAUGAACCUCAAGAAGAUCGCCAUGCGGGAUGCGGAGGCUGAGCUUCACAAGCUCAAAAAGGAGAUCGACUCUGUUCGACAGAACUACACCCAGCUCAAGCAGGAUGAUGCCAAGCUGAAAGAAGAGCUCAUUGCCAGCAACGAGAUGUUCAAACAGGCUCAAGCCGAGCGGGACGCCCUGGAGGCGGCGCGGCUAGAGCGAGAGCAGCUCAGCGGCAAGGUCCAGGAGGAGCUUCUGGAGCUGGAGAGGCUCAUCGAGGAGCAGACGCAGGAGAACGCCAACUACCAGCAAGAGCUUCUUGCGGCCAGGGACGACUUGGAAAGCAAGAUGCGGGACAAGGAGGAAGCCAAACUUCUCACGGAGAAGGCACAUCAGCUGGUCGACACGCUCUAA